AUGACACCAGAGAGAUUGUAUUUGUGUUUUGGCGCGCUUUGCUCCAGCGUUCUCGCGCUGGCCGCCAACAAUAAAAUACAUCGCGUCGAAAAACUCGGAAACGAUUGUUCAACGAAAUUCGGUUAUGACCCCACCAAUGUGAUAGUUACAAAGCGAGUCAAGAACAGCAACACAUAUCCUCACGCGGUGCUCUUUGGAGGCAGUUGUGGUGGUUCAAUCAUAAGCCCCAAUUGGAUACUCACUUCGGCACACUGCACCCGACUAACUAGAGGCAUGGACGUAGUUGCCGGAACUAAUGAUACUGCACAAUUCCGAGGCAUCACUCGUCGGGUGAAACGGCUUGUGAUCCAUCCCCGGUUCUCAGUACGACCGCACUGGCUGGAUGCUGAGCACUACAACAUCAAACAGGGAGCCGCACAUUUUGAUUUUCUACUGGUUGAGUUAAAAGAACCCUUACCACUAGAUGACGUCACUAUGGCAGCUAUCCAACUAAAUGAAAAUCCUGCAUAUGCUCCUAAGAUAAAAAUUAGAUACGCAGGCUUUGGGGCGCUAGUACCGGAUGAGAAAAAGGUGAAAAAUAGAUCCCGACAGUUGCACGUGAAUGAACUUCAACUUUUAUCCGAAAACCAAUGCGGGGUUUUGGAGGAUUACGACCCCGAAGAUAUGAUUUGCGCCAUAGGAAGUCUGCCUAAUUUCAUCUCGACUUGCAAUAGGUACGUCGGGAGUGGUUUAGUGGACGGAAACGGAAUUUUGGUAGGAAUCCUCUCGUGGGCUCAGAACGACGCACUGGAAUGCCGCAAUGGACGCAUCGUCUACUUCUCAAAGGUUUCGAGAGCUCGCAGCUGGAUUAGAAAAGUUGCCAACGUC